AUGAGCAAUCUACCGGACGUAGCACAGCUAAAGCUGGAAGAAAAUCACAACAGUGGGGCUGAAAAUGUGGCUGCUCCAGUCGACGAAGAUGUGGUGGAUCCGUGGACCGUAACUAGCACAUCCGAUGCUGGAAUCGACUACGAUAAGUUAAUAAAACGUUUCGGAUGCUCACAUAUCGAUGCGGCCCUGAUCGAGCGGCUGGAAAAGGUCGCAGGAAAACCGGUUCACCAUCUGAUCCGCCGUGGUAUAUUCUUUUCACACCGUGACCUACACACAUUACUGAGUGCGGUGGAAACGGGCAAAAAGUUUUACUUGUACACCGGCCGUGGACCGUCGUCGGAUUCGAUGCAUUUAGGUCAUCUAGUGCCAUUUAUUGUGACGAAGUGGCUUCAAGAGGCGUUUGAUGUUCCGUUGGUCAUUCAGCUGACCGAUGAUGAGAAGACGUUGUGGAAAGAUUUGACCGUCGAGCAGUCGAUGCGAAUGGCUCGGGAGAACGCGAAGGAUAUCAUCGCCAUCGGGUUCGAUCCGACCAAAACGUUCAUCUUUUCCAACCUGGAAUUUAUGGGCCAAUGUCCACAGUUCUAUCAGAACAUUAUACGCAUCCAGAAAUGUGUGACGUUCAACCAGGUGAAGGGCAUCUUUGGGUUUGGAGAUUCGGACGUAAUAGGAAAGAUUGGUUUUCCGGCGGCGCAAGCCGCACCAGCGUUCUCCACAACAUUUCCGUUCAUCUUCGGCGUAGACAAGCUGCCAGUACUGAUACCCUGUGCAAUCGAUCAAGAUCCGUACUUCCGCAUGACGCGUGACGUAUCGCCAAGGUUAGGCUUUCCGAAACCGGCCCUAAUCCAUUCGAGUUUCUUCCCCGCAUUGCAAGGAGCCCGAACGAAAAUGUCGGCCAGCGAUACGAAUUCGGCCGUUUUUCUUACCGACAGUGCGAAACAGAUUAAAACGAAAAUCAACAAACAUGCUUUCUCUGGUGGGCGGCCAACGCUCGAGGAACACCGGGAGCUUGGUGGUAACACGGACAUUGACGUGAGCUUCCAACUGCUUCGCUUCUUCCUCGAGGACGAUGCUGAGCUGGAGCGCAUCCGUGUGGCCUACGGGAAGGGUGAACUGUUGAGCGGUGAAAUUAAAAAGAUCGCCAUCGAUACGCUACAACCGAUCGUGGCCGAGCAUCAGAAUCGCCGGAAGGACGUUACCGAUGAGGUGCUCGAUCUGUUCCUUACACCGAGAAAGCUUAACUACAAUUUCAGCGUUAUCGUGUCCGGUGACAGUGCCAACGGUCCUGGCACGGGGGGAAAGAAAAAGGGCAAGGAUAAGAAGGCGCCCAAGCAGAAUUAG